AUGAGACCCAGCUCCGAUGAUGUCCAUCGAAUGAUGGACGAAAACUCAGCCAGUUUUCACUCGAAACAAGGGAUUACUAGUAGACUGGGUCAACCAGAACGUCGUAUAAAAGCCACACGGCCGCAGUACAACGAGAUUUAUCCGUCCUCAUCUGGCGCAAACGAGGCUGGUAUGCCAAUGCCAGCUUUGAAGCUGGGCUUGUCUACAGACCAUGUCGAACGUGUCGAAACGGAUUCGGCCACAUCCGAGUCCCGGAUGAAAUCCACUCUUCGUCUGAGACUGGACUCAGUGAGACGAUGUGGUGUCAGAAGUGCACGCAGCUCUGAGACGACUUUCUGUUUGGCUCUCGGCCUGGCCGUCGGUUCUGGUCUCGCCGACGCGGAGACCCAUUCCUUCGCUGUCCGACAGUCCCUCGCCGGUCGAAUGGCGUCACCAGAUAGUGUCAAUUCAUCGUCGCUGUUAUGCUCACCGACACCAGAUACUUGCAUCCGUUCUACCCCGUUUGGAUGCCCUGACUGGUCAGAUAUUCGCUUUGGUGACAGAUCCCACUUUAAUUGA